AUCCUCGGCCAGCGUAGCUCACGCUAAAAAAAAGAAAAGAAAAGAAACAGCACUGUGAUUAUGCAUUUUUGGCGAUGCUUGGUGUCGUAAGAGGUCUCCAAGAUGGCGACAAUCUGGACCUCUCGAGACAAAACAUAGGUGGCUGUUCAUUCAUGCCGAACUCUUUCAAGACACAACUUCAAAAACGGAUCAUCAGCAGUAACUGCGACCAGCUUUCGAAGAUUAAACUGACGAUCGCGUCGUGCAUCACAACCGAACAACAGCUCACAAGUCUGCGGAACGUGAUCAACUCCCACUUGAGGAUUGUGAAAAACCUAAUACAGCAGAGUCUACUCAAAACUCGGAUCACCGAGAUCACGAGGCUCUUUAACUCCAUUCACCAAAAGCGCGUCAGUUGUGAAGUGGACCUGAACGACUUCGUGCGAAAGGUGACCACGGGACAGAUCACAAGCACCACGUACGCGCACAGCAUCGUGCAGUCGAUGCACAGGAGGCACGUGAUUCCGCUGGACCGCAUCCUGGGUAAUGCGCACACCGUCAUAGGGAGCGUGGUCAGCUUAAUCCACAACGUGCUGGGGAACGUGAACCUGGGACACUUCUUCAACAUCCUCGGCAACCAUUUCGGCGGCUUCCGGAUUCCUUUCGGCAUCGCAUGA